AUGGAGCUGCGCCUGCUGCUCCUUCUGCUGUCGCUCCUCUGCUGCCUCCAGGAUGGCCUUGUUAGAGGUCUGAGCAUUGCUAACAACUCGAUCGGAGUGGUCCAAAGUGAUGCUAGUGCCAGCAAUGCCAAUCUUAUGAGUGGCAAUAUGCCUGUCCUAGGCAUCGGGGCCAGCAAUAGCGGCAGCAAUAGCAGCGUCAAUAGUGGUGCUGGUCUGGGCGUUGGAGGCGGGGCCACCAACGUUCUUGGCCAAUCACUUGGGGAUCUUGGCGGCGGUAGCGCAGGCGCAUCGUCGGUGGGCACAAGUGCUGGUAGUGCCAGUGGGAAUAACUCCGCUAUGGUGCAAGCGCCUAAGGAAAAGCUGUACGAGAAGUGCACGGGCCCUGGCGAUCCCGGCCCCUGUAAGCAAUAUAUAUACAAAUGGCGCUACGAGUCAACCACCAAUGAAUGCGCCACCUUUAUUUGGGGGGGAUGCGAUGGUAACCCACAUAAUCGCUUCAGCACAGAGGCUGAGUGUCUCUUCCAUUGCAUUGGCGGACCACGUAAGUAG